GGGAAUGCAGGCGGGAGGCAGGGGCUGCAGGGCAGGAAUGAGGGGCACCGGCAGAGCACUUGUGUUGGCCAGGGUGCACUGGGGCUGUCCCAUUGGGUCUUCCUAGAAGGUUUCUGCUCUUUGCCUCUUUUUGCCAGGUGUGGAGUUUGGGGCUCGGAUGAUCAACAUUGACAGCAAACAGAUCAAGCUGCAGAUCUGGGACACGGCUGGGCAGGAGUCGUUUCGUUCCAUCACCCGCUCAUACUACCGUGGUGCGGCCGGGGCACUGCUGGUCUAUGACAUCACUAGGCGGGAGACCUUUAACCACCUGACCACCUGGCUGGAGGACGCUCGGCAGCAUUCCAGCUCCAACAUGGUCAUCAUGCUCAUUGGCAACAAGAGCGACCUGGAAUCUCGGCGGGACGUGCAGAAAGCGGAGGGCGAGGCCUUCGCACGGGAACAUGGGCUGGUCUUCAUGGAGACUUCGGCCAAGACAUCCACCAACGUGGAAGAGGCCUUCAUUGACACAGCCAAGGAAAUCUACAGGAAGAUCCAACAGGGGCUCUUUGACGUCAACAACGAGGCAAAUGGGAUCAAGAUUGGGCCACAGCAACCGUCGGGCAUAGCUCCUGGCGCCGGCACCCGUCACAGCCCCCAGGGCUCUGGAGACAGCUCAGGCUGCUGCUAGGCGCCCCGCAGUGCCCUCUGGUGUUGUCAGAGCCCCUGACUCACCCUCUGCUCCCGCGGGGUGAGACCAGCCCGCAGCCCUGGUGAGGAAGUUGGCUCCCAGCGGAAGUGGGGAGAUCUCCUGUCCUGACCCCAUGGAGGGGAGCAAGGACCCGAUGCCUCCUGGAUCAUGCCUGGGGGGCAGUUAAAGAUCCUGCCCCUAAACAUUCCUCCCUGUAAGCUGGGGGGGCAGGGGCCAAGAUGGGUCUGGAGUCUCCCCCUGUCAGUGCCUUCUUGCUUCUGCUGCAUCUCUGACUGCCUAGGACGCACCAAGGCUUCCCUUCCUGGGGACUGAGGGGUCCUGACUGCGGACCCCCCCCAUGCUGCCUAUGUGUUCCUGGCCAGGAGCCUCUCCCCUUUUAACUGUAUCAUUCUCUGGCUCCUCGUCUAUUAAACAUGUACGUGUCUGCAA